AUGAAAAGUAUUUUGGAUUUCUACGGUAGAGUAGCCUCUGACGAACACCCAGUAGUGGCAUACACCUUCUUUGUUUCUGCAAUUCUACUCUUUAUCUACACGAGUGUUUUCCUUACAUACACAUAUUUAUUCAGAGAACUAGACAGAAUUUCAGCGAAAGCGCAGCUGCCAACCCUUGGGUGCAAGACUCUGCUGCUUGUCUUUGCUCUUCUAUACUCGCCAGUGUUCACUGUGCACAGAGACAUAAAAAUAAGAGAAGCAGUGUGGCACAACACAGCACUGCUAAGCCUUACGGUCUUUUCUGGUAUCUGUAUACUCUUUAAGCCCAAAAAGGAAAGAGUCUGUUUAAGCAGCACAAGACACACUAUUUUCUUCCAGAGCCUUGGCACUCUUUCUUCUCCUCUUCUAGGAGUGUACUACAUACUCAGCUCGUACGGCAGCACGUUUCUCUUUACAAUUUACGCCUUCUACAGUGUUAUAUUCAUCCAAAAGGGAAAAAACAACGAUAUCCAAGUAUUUCCUGCAGAAGAUGACCGACAGACAGUUUUAAAGACUGUUUUUGACAAUGUGCUGGUUGGAUCAGAAGAGAGAAACAGAAGGCCUUGGCUGAGCAUACUUACCUCCUCGCUGGCAAUGGGCAAUUUAGUGUACUACACUUUUCUUGAGAAAAGGUAUCCUUCGCAAAUACUGUGCAUAGUUCUCUUUUGCCUCGGGGCUUCUGUUUCGCUAAAAAGUAAAAAGCAUAAGUGGUUUAAAAAUGCGUACACUUUUUUAUGCACGUGUAUUCUUCUUAAAAGUAUUUCAGAGAAAUUUUAUAUGCUGCUUCUCUCUACCUCUCCUGGGAUGAUCAACACUCCCGCAGGGUACAUAAUGCUCAACACCCUCCGACUGGCAUUUCCUGUUCUCGUGGUAGUAUCCACAGGAGUGGGAAUGGGCAGGUACAAGUUGUGUUUCUCUUUGGCUAUUUCGAUCACUAUACACAUUUUCCUGUUUCAGAAAGCCCUGAUAAUGCUUUUAAGAGAAGAAGUGUACCAGCUAGUUCUGCUGGAUAGAACCACGAUGUACUCACUGGUGUUUACAAUUAUUUCAACAAUGCUGCUAUUUAUUAACAAUGAAAUCAGAUCAGGCCUUUUUGAGACUGAGGUAGGCGUUCUUCUCAUCGUGCUUUUCCUCCUGUACAUCAUGUGUCUCCUGGGGCACUCAACUCCAUCUAAGUUCAACAUAAAUGAAUAG